UACUUUAAAGUUCUGUUAAAUAAAAAAAACAUUUUACCAUUGUUUAGUGCUGUCUAUCUACUGUACAAUCAAAAUUAUUAUUAUUAUAAAUAAUAAAUUAUUGUAAUUUUGACACCAGUAACACUGUUAUUAUUAAAAAAUAGAUGUUCAUGUUACAGUUCAUAUUAUAUUUCUAAAAAUGGAAUAUCCCACUUGAUAAGACACACACCUUUAUCUGACCUACAAACAUUUACACCCUGAUUUUCCCCCUGCUUUCCACCCUUCAGUUCCGCUAAAAUGUGGUCUCCAAAUUCCCCCAUACACCUGUAUAUAUUGUAGCUUCUUGGGAUGUCAAAUAAUGUGGACACAGAGCUCCUAAAACUGUAACCUACUGUACAGCUGUCAAGAUCGUCAUAUCAUAUUUAUAAUUUCAUUUAUCUUUUCUUAUCCGCAAGUAGCUCAAUAUCGUCCAAUGAUGAGCAGAUUCAUCCUGACAUCAUCCACGCUGCUGUUGUUGCUGUGCAUCUGGGUCAACUCAAGUGAAAGCAGUCCAGUACGGUGUUGUACCAAGUAUUCGACAAAGUCCUUUCCUCUACAGCUGCUAAAAGAUUACAAGCAGCAAGAUGACACCAUGACAUGUAACAUACCUGCUACUGUAUUUAUUACUGUGAAGAACAGACAAAUCUGUGCUAACCCCAAUGACCUUUGGGUUCAGAAUGCCAUAUCACAUAUCCAGAAAAAAAGAAAGUUAUAAUAAUAUAGACACCUGAUCUGUCUGAAAUUGCUCGCACUGGAAUGCACUGGAUAAACGUAUAGACGGUUUCAUCGGACGCACGUGAUACACGUCUGGAUCCGAACUUUACUUCCGGUUUCGUUUUUUUAAUGGUCUGACUAGUUGCUAAACUGAUCUCUUGAUCAAAUGCCUCGUCGAAAAUAACAAUGCUAUGUGUUGUUGUCUUUUGCUUGUUAUAUAAAUAAACUACGUUUAAAGUACUUUGUGGUUAUUUAUUAUUAGCGGAGUUUACCGGAAGUUACGUGCGGACCACGACAGCCGCUUGUUUAUGUUGUUACUGCUGAAACAGUCUAUAAUAUAUAAAACAUAUAUUGUAAUAAAAUAAAUGUAAGUGUUUUUAUCUACACCACGUGGUCCGUCUCUUUCAUUCAUGAGUUUUGUUCCCUUUUUUUACCUGUGGUCAAUCAUACAUAUGAAUAGUUUACAUUAUGGAAGUUCACCCAGGUCUUCUUUCUAACUUUGUGCUGGCAUUUUACAAAAUUACACCGGGAAAAAUGUGAUUCUAGGCAGAAGUAAAAGCGAAACAUUUAAAUGGAAUGGAAACAUGUUCAUUCAAUUGUAUACACAUUAAAAAAAUCUAUGUAUACACAUUUUCCAA